AUGAACGCAACGACUGAGCAGGAGGCGACCGUCAAGGUCCUGUUCACCACCACUGAACAAGGCCUUGAGCUUCCAGAGUCAAAGAGAUUAUUACUCGUACCAGCAGAUAUCCGUCGGUAUGGUCUCUCAAGAGUUCUCAACUCCGAGUCUAUGCUCAACACGUCGGCCCCGAUACCGUUUGACUUUCUCGUAAACGGCACAUUUCUCCGAACCACUUUGGAAGACUACUUGAAGGAGAACGGUCUACCCUUCGAAAAGACAGUGACUCUGCAGUACGUUAGGAGUUUAGUGCCACCGGUGUACGAGGCGAGCUUCGAGCACGACGAUUGGGUCAGCAGCGUCGACUUGCUAUCUGCCACCUCCUCGGCCGGUAAAUGGUCGGGGAGCUCUUUCCUACAGGGCCAGGACCGUAUUCUUUCGGCUUCAUACGAUGGUCUGUUGAGGAUAUGGAAUGGAUCGGGCCAGGCCCUGGCGACUUCAUCAGUCGUCAACCGCGGGCCAUUAUGUGGUCUCAAGUCGGCAAAGUUCAUGUCGUCUACAAAGAUCGCCGCAGCGGGCUUGGACAGGACUGUGCGGAUAUGGGACUACAUGGAAGCCGAAGAUCACUUCUCAGGCCAGCUGAAGCCCACGCUCGAGCUUUACGGCCACAGAAAUAUAAUUGAGUCCCUGGACGUUGAUGGAAGCUCAAGACGGAUCCUGACGGCCUGUGCAGACGGCUCCAUCGGCCUGUGGACGACAUCAAAGAAACUUGCCCCCGAGGCACCGACCGCCCUUUUACCCCAGACUUACGCCACCAAGAGGAGAAAGGGAUCAACGACCAGCGCAUCCACCAUCGCUCAACGUGGUGCACUCUCUUUGAUCCCUGUACACAGCCGGUCCGUCAGCGCUGCUAUCUUUGACCCCCAAAACCAGCACACGGCAUACAGCGCUUCACAAGACCACACGCUCAAAGUGCUGGAUUUGACGACAAGCCGUGUCGUGAGCACAAUCACAACCUCCAACGCCCUCAUGUCCGCCUGCUAUCUUCCCAACAAGUCAGCCCCGCUCAUUGCAGCCGGAACGUCGUCGCGAAACGUUACUCUGAUAGAUCCUCGAGAAAGCGCAGCCGCAACAUCGGUCAUGACGCUGCGCGGCCACGUCAACGUAGUCUCCUCAGUUUCGGCCUCCCCUGACAACGAUUAUUCGUUGGUGUCUGGAUCACACGACGGCACAUGUCGUAUCUGGGACCUGCGGAGCGUCCGUCCCGCCGCCGGCAAGGAAGAAACCGGGCUCGGGAGCGUAGGAGAGUCUGUUUAUGUAAUUGAUCGCGAGAGUUUGGGUGACAAGAAGAGGCCUGUGGCAGGUGAGGGGGUCAAGGUCUUUGACGUGAAGUGGGACAAGACAUGGGGUAUCGUAAGUGGAGGAGAGGACAAGAAGGUGCAAAUUAACAAGGGAAGGGAUAUAAUAUCAUCGUGA